AGUUAAGCACUCGACUACAAAAUUCAAUAACUUACAAAUUAUAACAUAAUCUCUUAAAGCUUUCGCUUUAUUUUUUCUUUUCUUCCAUUCGUUAAUAUUUAUCUCAACGUCUCGUAAGCCAUUCCAUUUUUGUUUACAAUUAUAAAGCUCUGGAUUAAGUGGAACGGGAAAAAUCGUGGUUGUGUACGUGAUGUCCUGAGUGCUUAGUGGAAAGCACCCAAUAUGAACGGAAUAGUGGCAAGAAGUUGAAUUCAAUUUCCAAUGUUGGUUAAACUGAAAAUUUGAAUGUAAUAAAAUGUCAAACAUAUGAUUUAAACAUUAUUUUUAAGGGAAAACUAAAAUAGAUUGAAAAUGUUAUAUUAUUUGCAAAAUAUUAGUACUGGUAAAACGUUUUAUCUUAUUAAUCAGAAUGAAUUUAUUAUUGGUCGAAAAAAUUGUGAUAUAUUGAUAGAAAAUGAUACUUCCAUAAGUAGAGCACAUGCUAAAAUUUGCAUCAAAGAUGGUCAUAAGGUUACUAUUGAAGAUUUAAAAUCCACAUAUAAAACUUUUAUCAAUAAGAAAGAAGUAACACCAAAUGUUGAAGUGGAUCUUAAGGAAAAUGAUAAAGUUCAGUUUGGUGUCUUUAGCAGCAUAUUUAAAUUUCAUCAAAUUCACUUUGUAACUACAGCCACUCAAUUAUCUGAUAAUUGUAAAGAAGCUUUGAAAAAACAACUUGAUACCAUUCAAGGAAGGUAUUUAGAUAAUUGGACCUCAGAAUGCACUCACCUUACUUUGCAAAAAAUUAGUUUGACAGUAAAGGUACUACAUGCUCUCUUGGAGGACAAACCUAUAGUUGUACCGGCAUUUUGGGCAAAAUUUGUAGAGAAUGUGUCUAAAAGUAUUGCUCCACCUAACAUAACUGAUUAUAAUAACCCUCCACUAGCAGAGGCUUUAUUGAACAGAGUUGAAUUUAAAAAAGCUGCACCUAGAAAAAACUUGUUUAUUGGCAAACAUUUUCUAUUUUAUUUGGAGAAAGAAGAAAAGCAAGUGAAAGAUUUGAUAAGAAAAGCAGGAGGUACUUGCAGCUCUUGGGAGAACAAUCCCAUAAAGAUGAAAGAUCUAACAGAAAAACAUUUAGUCAUGCAAAGUUAUAAAGAUGUAGAUGACAAAAACUACAAAGAAAUAAUGAAACAUGUAUUGAAACAAAACAAACGUACUAUACCCAUACAAGAAAUCGCAAUGGCUAUAAUACACGGAUCCUGUGAGAAAGAUUGUAAUCCUAGUUUCAACAGAGCGAUUGAAGUUUUCAAUGCACCAAAUCAAAUAGAAACAACACAAAAUAACUUGUUGGUUCACAAUACUCAAACUCAAGAUUUUCGAAUUGGAACUAGUACAGCACAGAAAAGUAUUCAAGAAACAGUAGAUUCUGUUCAAAUGACUGCACCUCCUAUAAUGAAACAAGUGAAAAUAGAAGAUGAAAUAGACUUAACCGAAGAUGAUGCAGUGACAGAAGAAAAAGUGGCACAAAAAAGAGUUUGUGAUAGUAUUGAUGCAGGAAACCCAUCAAAAAAAGUCAAAAAAGAUGAAACUGAUAUAACAAGGUCUGUAGAAGAUGAGAGAAAAAGUCAAACGAGGAAAGAUAAACAAAAGGAACUUUUUUCUAUGAAACGCCAAUCUCAAAAAAGGAAGACAAUAGAAGACAGCGAUUCGGAAGAAAUUCCAAUAAAGAGGAAAGCUAAAAAUCCCUUUUUAACCGAACAACUCGAUGAAAAGCCUUUAAAAAAUCAAACAGAAAAUAACAAUCCAUUUAUUAAAAACCUUGAGGAGGAUAUAGGCAAACCUUUAUUUUCGAGUACGCAAUUUAUCGACAACACAUCAAAAGAAGAACAAAUAAAAUACACUAGUGUAUCAGGAAACAGUAACGAUAAUUCCAAUUCUACGUGGCAUUCCAAAAGAUAUUGCGAUAGUGUCAAAACUGAAGAACCAGAGGAAAUCAGUUCUGAAUUACUACAAUUUAUUAAAAUGUUUGAAAAAAAAGUUCGGGUCGAGGUUUUAUCGGAAGCUAGUUUCAGAUCGAGAAUUCCUAGCGACGAAGUUGAUUGCAAUGAUUUUUCAAAAUGCACGAAUUUCAAGAAAUUCAAAAAGUUUUAGAAGCCGCCAAAUCCAGUUGGUCAAUAGGAUCGCCUAGUUUCAUCACGUGACUAUCCAUGAUCCUCUGUAAGUUGUUUACCCUUUAUGUUUUAUGUUCCACAGAGUAUUUGGAUUGAUUAAUAAAAAUUUUUAAAAAAAGGACACUAUUAUUAAGCCAGAAGAAUAUGAAGAAAUUCUGGGGAAACAUGGAAGCGUUCAUCAUGUUGGAGUCACUGCCCUGGUUAAAGACUGAAGUUUGAAUCUGAAAAAGUGCAAAAACCACGAGACGCCAAAAUUUUAUCGAGAUUUGGAAAACCAAGAAGCCGGAGGUCUCAACAAUGAAGCCGAAGCCAAUAUUAUGACGAAAUUGAAACAUAUAUUGUGUGAUCUAAUAUAAUAAUAAAAACUUUGUUUACUUUUUAUUAAACAUUAAAUUUUAUUUUAUGAUACUUUGCAAUUUGUGUAAUAAUUAAUUAAAGUCAAGAUUUUUUACUAAGCCUAUACGUAAUUAAAGUGUAAAAAUAACAGU